GAAUACUAUAAUAAAUAUCUGAAGAAAUUGAAAAUAAUCGAUUGCUACAGUGUUUAUAAGGAUUAGAUAUCAAUCGUAUUAAAUGCUCGGUGGUUUUAAUAUAAAUAGAAUACUUCGAAAAACAAUGAACACAUUAGUCCUCGAUCGACUUUCCCCAUUCUUCCCCAAACCUUCGCAUGAACCAACAAACGUCUCAUUUUAUUGUAACAAAUAAUUCAUCCAAAAAUUCUUAAUUCCUUCGAAACGUAUAGUCAAACAAAGGAAUCCCUACAGUCGAAUCCUUUUGCAUCGAAAACUGUCCUCCACCACUGGCAAACCAGUUCCUAUCCCAGCAAACUGUCUGCCGCCUUCUUGGCAACAGGGGAACACUCACACACAAUACCUUUGUUCAUUAAUAAACGGUUUUCCACCGGUCGAACGUUAUCGUUGAGUCGCAAAGAGGAUUACCAGCGGCACUCUCCUCCGGCGGCUCCAAAAUACGACUGCCCGCCGCGUUAGGUGUAACAGCCAAGUUGCGAAACAGAAGGGGGAUCACUCGUUCAUGAAACAACUCGUGCGAACGUGCCACCAACGGAGCAGGAGGAGGAGGAGAAAUUAGAAGGUACGCGGCCAUUCGCUUUGCUUGGUCGUUCAGUGGCUGACAAUAGUCCAAAGAAGGACCACCUACUCUUUCAUCCUGAGGGAAGCGAAAGAAGACCCUGCUGGUCCCAUCAACAUCAAGGACUUUAGCGAAGAAGACUGCAAAGAGAGACACAAGAGCAACAAAGAGGUUUCCGAGUUACAAUAGCGAACAGAGGAAAGGAGGCUGCUGAUAAAGACUGUAUUGUUCGGCUCAUUAACACUGACGUGUUUUGCAUGAUUCGAUAGCUUCGAUAGCUUCAAGGACUUGAAGGAUUGCAGAUUAAGAUCGAAGACAUGCGAGCAUGGAUGUUCACGGAGUCAGCUUCGUUUAAUAACCGAUUUCGGUUGGACUUGCUUGUACGCUGAAAAGAGGAAGUGAAGCAAGAGAAGGGAAGUGAAAACGCUGGGUAACUGCUCCGACUUUUACUGACGCUGCCAGGAACGGGUUGCUCGGUAUAGAGAUGGAGGUGAAUGCUUUUGGGCAGAAAGAAUAAAGACAAGAAUGAUGAGAAUUGAAGAUUAAGGAGGGAUUUUGAUUGUAUGAUUGGAAGGAAGAUGUUGUUUGGUGAAUAUUGUUGAAGGUGGAAGAAUAUUGUAAGAUCAGGGAAGCUUUUUGAAAGACUUGAGGACAUUUGAGGAGAUCCGAGGAAUUCGCGAAGAGGGAAGGAAUUGUGAAUGUAUUGUUAAAGGGAAUUAUCAAGUAGUCUUUGAUUGUAUUUGAAAUUGGUAAAAUUGAAGUUGGAAUAUUUAAAAGGUAGAUGAUGCAGGCGCGAAGCUUGUAGAGAUUAAGGACAGAUUCAAGUGCGGUGGACCGCAUCUAAUAUUCCCAAAAUGGCACAACACCUUUCUCCAAACGAAGAAACGAACAGGUUGCCAAAAAUUUGGUACCAGAGGGUGCACAUUGGAAAGCAGCUCUCUCCGAGAUAAGUGCACGACUCUAUACAUCUGAAUCGCUGUCGUCCGUCGCGUAUUAACGGAUUAACCGGAAUAACGUCCAUCGACAGCUUGUUACCACCUUAUCGCGUCGCAUCCGCUCUAAUCCCAAGAUGAGUGCAUUUGUUUCUAGCAUUCCUGUUUCCUUACUGCUCAAAAGAAUCACUUUUAUAGACGAUCUGCUUGCGGAAUCCAUUCGCCGUAACUCCUGGAACCGAUAAGGCGUGGGAUUAGACGCGUCUUGACAGUGGCUUAACACUUUUCGCGUGGCAGCAUCAUGAUUGGGUGAAAUAGCACAGCGCGUUGAAGGGAUUCUAUAAAUUGAGAGGCCGUGGUGAAUGAGGAAGAGAGUUGUUCAGUGUUUAGCGUCAAGGAAGUCGCUUCUUGUUCGAUGCGAAGUGUAAUGAAGAAUGGAGAGAAAAGCCUACCAUCAGAGCAAAACGGCAACGUGGAGGUGUAUUCCGUAUCAAAGUUCCGCCAAGCACUGCCACAAUGUUUCGCAGUCUGCGCGAAGAAUCUCCUGAUGCUCACGUUCGGCUCCACACUAGGAUUCUCCACAAUUCUGAUCCCUGAGUUGAAAAAGGAGAACUCGGAAAUCCCCGUUACCAUGGAAGAGCUGACAUGGAUCAGUAGUUUGAAUCUCUUCUUGGUACCGAUUGGUUGCUUCGUUAGCGGGCCGGUGUCGCAGUAUCUCGGUCGAAAGAGGACAAUGAUGCUGAUCAACAUUCCAUUCAUAAUAGCGUGGAUCAUUUUCCAUUAUGCUACAAACGCUGCGAUGUUGUUCACUGCGUUGGCCUUGACAGGAUUGACUGGUGGCCUUCUGGAGGCACCUGUGAUGACCUACGUGGCCGAGGUGACGCAGCCUCACCUGCGUGGCAUGUUGUCUGCUACCUCGAGCAUGUCCGUCAUUUUAGGCAUCUUCACUCAAAUGUUAGGUGGAAAGUUGACCACUUGGAGAACUGUGGCCUUGAUUAAUAUAGUCUACCCUGUGAUUUGCUUCAUGGCUCUUUGCGUGGUCCCGGAGAGCCCACACUGGCUUGCUGCAAAAGGUAGAUUGAAGAAAGCUGAAGACGCUCUCUGCUGGCUCAGAGGGUGGGUAGGUCCGGCUGAAGUGAAAUCAGAGUUCGAUAUCGUCUGCCAGGAAGUUCACAAGCCAGCAGAGUCACGAGAAAAGAUCUGGCGCGAUUUUAGUAAAAGGACUUUUUACAUGCCUUUCCUGUUGGUCACCUGGGCAUUCUUUGUUGGGUCAUUCGGUGGCACAAUAACCAUGCAAACCUUUGCAGUGGUUGUUUUUGAAAGACUGAACGCACCCAUCGAGCAGUACACAGCUGCAGUGUUCCUUGGUCUGGCACAGUUUGUGGGUACUUUGAUCUGCGUGUUCGCUAUUCAUUUUACUGGAAAACGGAAACUGAAUUUCGUGUCUAUUGCUGGCACUGCCUUUUGCUUCUGUGGGGCAGGUAUCUAUGGAUACUUAAACGAUAGCCAUGUGAUUAAUGGAGGAAACUACAGCUGGCUGCCGACUACCUUGAUGAUUGGUGCAGCCUUCCUAUCCCAUACUGGGAUUCGGUUGUUACCUUGGGUCCUUGCUGGUGAGGUGUUCCCUGUGAAGGUACGGAGCAGCGGAACAGGGAUUGCUGGUUCGAUUGGUUACAUAUUCAACUCUAUAGCCAACAAGAUCUUCCUUUACAUGAUGGAUGGGAUGACCCUUGCUGGCACUUUCUUCUUCUAUGGACUGAUAAACAUUCUGGGUGGUGUUGUACUCUACUUCAUGCUGCCAGAAACGGAGGGCAGGACUCUCAAGGAGAUAGAGGAUCACUAUGCUGGUGUACAAAGUUUAAAGCACAAACCAAAAAAGGAGUCUAUACCAAUUAAAGAAAAGUGGGCAGCGUCGAAUCCAGUUGUGAUUUGUGAUGACAAUGAGAGUAAACUGUGAACUGAAGAAAACUAGGUUAGAGACUGUGUUAGGAUUGUUGGCUCAGUCAAUGGCCUUGAAUGACUAUAAAGACAGAAUGUAACUGUAAUUAUCUGACUUGACGUUCCUUGAUUUCAUUUCAGAAGAUUGUUAAGUUUAAAAAUAUUUUUAUAGGAACAUCUGAUGUAAAAUUCUCUUACAAGUAACUUAAGUGAAGCUGCACAAAGGAAGAAAUAGAUACAAAUAAUAGCUACGUUACAAAUAGAAAAUACCAGAAAGUAUUUUUUAUACCGCAAAUAGACAUUUUUCAUAAGAUUCUCAGUCGUUACCUUUGUAAAAUAAAGUGUAAUAUAUAUACAAGAAAAAGUACGAUUUUAAUAGUGGUAGAUAGAAACAAAUGGUAAUGAGGGAAGUUGAAGAUUAUUUUCUUUAACAGGUAAUUACAUUUAUUUGUACAUUUACAAAUUUGUUCGUGACAAAUUACAAUUUAGGAGGUUUUAAAUUCUCUUGCGGAGCUGACGCUUUUUUCGUGAGAAGCUUUUAAUCGCGUUUGACUUCUUCCCUUGUGACUUCUUUCGCAAUUGAUUGUUCACGCCGGGCUUGAAGUAUUGAUCGACCACUUUCAGGAAGUUUUCGUGCUGUAGUAUGUCCACAAGGUUGACAAUGUUCUCCGGCACUUGUGGUAACUUUAGGCUUCGCCUCUUGAUCCUGUUAACUCUUCUUCUUCUCCUUUUUUUCGCUGGCCCGUCUACGCUUCGACAUUUCCUCAAGCUGGAAGAAAUGUUACACAAAUUAACGAAAAUAUGAAAACAGAAAAGUGGACUCGAAAUUUAAUAUUUGACAAAAUUUAUUGAAAACUUAAAUCCACAAGAUUGUUGUACAGAUUUUAAUUAACACUAACUUGAGAUUUACUCUCUUGAUUCUACACCCAGAUUGCGAUCGCUUCGCAGGAUGGUCCUCACAAGUAGCCUCCGGUUCUAACACUUGCUUCUCUUUAAUGUAGCUGUUUAUUCCUAUACGAAGAUUAUUGUAUGACAUAGUUAAAAGACUAAUUUUGCAUCCACGCUAAUCAUAACAUCAACGAUAAUAUCCCGGGAAUUUAACACGCGACCAAGAACCCACCAAACAAACAGAAACGAAACGAAAUGAGUUUCAAACGCGGAUAAUUUCAAAUCCUUAGUAACAUGUGCUGUUUAACCCCUUGCCAUAUAAAAUCGAGUC